AUGCCUCCGGUAAUCCCCCCUCCGUUGGCACAAUACAUCCACUCCUCCCUCUUCUCUCCGUGCCCGCACAGCCAAACCCUCAUCACCUCCGUCCUCAGCACGCCUUCGCCCUGGCUGGUCCUCCGGUUCAUCUACGCGGCACUGUACGGCGUCGAGGAUGGCGCCAGGGGGGAUGGUAGCGAUGCGGGCAGCAGACAUGAAAAGAUGACGACGAUGACGCCGCCGCUCCCAGUUGUCUUUGCGAGUUUCCUCCGUCCUUUGACUCUGUGGGUUGAGAUGGGGAAGAAGUUGGGUCUGGAUAUCCCGUCGUUGCUCCGGAGCAGGAAAAUGUUCUAUGUCGAUGGGCUCAGCUACGGCUCACCGCCUCCUGUAUCGGUGCUAGGAGGUGGAGGAGAAGGAGCAGACCUGGCUCUCGCAACGACGAGGCUCAAGUCACUGGCUUUGAACGAUGUACAGGACGCUUUGAGCGCAGCAUUGAAGAGCGUCUCUACAACUAUGUCUAGCUCAGCGUCGAUAUCGAGGCCACCAUCAGGCACCCCGACGCCACGAAUGCCCACGGCACUGACCUCGUCCACUCAAAGCCCCAAAGCCGCAAAGCCUUUCGUUCUUCUCGACGGCAUCGACUUUCUCGUCGCCUGCCAGCCUUUCCUCUCAACACUAUCUGUACAAGCAUUCCUGUCCUCCCUCCGAAUUCAAUCCGACGUUCUGUUGCUCGCCUGCAAUGCCGACCCUCCGUUGCUACACCGUGCUACGCCCACCAGCGAAGGGACGCUGUUGGAACGUAACCAUGCACAUCUCGUGACUGCCAUGGCUCAUCAGAGCCGAUGGGUUUUGCAACUCAGAGGAUUGGACACGGGCAGUGCAAAGGAUGUGUCUGGCGUAAUAAGGGCAAGCAAGGGUGGUUGUUACGAAGGCAACGAAGAUGGGUUUGACGAGUCGAGCCACUCAAGGGCUGGAAAUGUCGAUGAACUAGACGAUGCCGAGUGGCUCUAUCAACUCAAAGGAGACGGGUCUGCUAGGGUUUGGGGUCGUGGCGAAUGA